CUGGGAGACGCGACUUGACUUUAGCGCGUCACUCUCGCUCGAUUCCAAGCCGCAACACCAAAGCGCAGCUCCGGCAAUCUCCGUUUUUCCCCUCCUCCCCCACCAUCUUGCACGGGUCAAUUUACAGCACGAUGUCACCACUCCUCCCGCGGCUGAUCCGAUGCCGGGCCUUCUCGACGACGCCGGGGCAGUCCCCAGCACCUCGGCGCUCACGCGGGUUCUACGCCGCCACAUUCAUCAUCGGCGCCACCACCGGCAUCGCCGCAUACAACUACACCAGCCCGCCCGCACCACGUCUCAAUCCCGACACAUUUACGCCCUACACACUUACCGAGCACAAGCCGGUGUGCACCGUUCCCACACACACCUCGAUCCUAACGCUCACCGCGCCGCGGUCCUCGCCUCCCCCGUCCUUCGCCCGCGACAAGCUCCAAAGCGUACAGAUCAAGCACCCGCAGGUGAUGAUCGCGAGGUCGUACACGCCGCUGCCGCCGAUCGCGGACGAAGACGGGGGAGAGGAGGGGGAGGUCACGCACACUAUCAGGAUCCUCCUUAAACGCGAGCCGGCAGGAGAAAUGUCUCGAUAUCUAUUCACGCUGCCCCGGGAGUCGACCGUGGAGCUACGGGGGCCCCAGGAUGAAUACAUCCUCCCCCCGCCGGAUGAGACCACGCGGUUGCUGUUCUUAGCGGGCGGCACGGGUAUCGCACCCGCCCUACAGUGCGCGCAUAAGCUGCUCGGCGAGUCGAGGACUUCUAGUAUGCGCAUCCUGUGGGCGGUGCGGCACCGUGCGGAGACGGAGGGCGCCGUGGCGGAGGAGGUGGAUAGAUUGAAGAGGGCGUUUGGGGGGCGGCUGCAGGUGGGGGUGUUUGCUGAUGCGGAGGGCGGUGUGGGGAGGGGGACGGUGAGGGAUGGGGUCGAGCAGUGGGGGGCUGCGAAAGUGGUGGUUUCGGGGCCAGAGGGGUUCGUGAAAUAUUGGGCUGGGGAGAAGGGACGGUGGAGAUUCCCUGACAGGGUGAUUGCCGAUCAACGGAUAAUCAGCAUCCUUCUCGUCCUCAUCCUCCUGUUCCUCCUCCUCUCCACCCUCAUUCCUCGUCACUUGAGCGAUGAUAGCGAGACUUAUUGUAUUUGCCAGAGUUGGACCUGA